UCAACGAAUGCCACGCUCGUGGUGUUCAUGUUUUAUCUUUUUACACAAUAUUUUAUGUAGGUGAUUGUAUAAAUAAUUUAAUGUAUUAAUUAAUAAUUAAAUUUUAAUUAAAUAAUAUUGUCAUUUGUAAAUUAAGAAAAUGGGGGCCUUUGUGAAAGUUAAGGAUUUGCGUUUUUCAGCGCAAAAACAUGAAACACUUCUAAAAUUAACCAUUUUAUCCUUAGCUGCUGUUUUAUCUUUCGGAACACGUUUGUUUUCUGUAUUAAGAUACGAAAGUGUCAUUCAUGAGUUCGAUCCUUACUUUAACUACAGAACGACAAAGUUCCUCGCUGAAGAAGGCUUUUAUAAUUUUCACAAUUGGUUUGAUGAUCGAGUAUGGUAUCCUCUAGGAAGAAUCAUCGGAGGUACAAUUUACCCAGGUCUGAUGGUAACCUCAGCAACACUAUACCAUCUUGCUCAGAUGUUGAACAUCACUAUCGACAUUCGUAAUGUCUGUGUGUUCUUAGCUCCAUUAUUCUCAAGCUUUACGACAAUAGUAACAUAUUUAUUAACUAAGGAAUUGAAAGACUCGUCAUCCGGAUUAUUUGCCGCUUGUAUGAUUGCCAUUGUACCAGGAUACAUAUCACGAUCUGUAGCUGGAUCAUAUGAUAACGAAGGAAUAGCGAUAUUUUGUAUGCUAUUUACCUAUUACAUGUGGAUAAAAGCCGUAAAGACCGGUGCGAUAUUUUGGUCAACAUGUGCAGCCCUCGCCUACUUUUACAUGGUUUCUUCCUGGGGUGGUUACGUCUUCCUUAUCAAUCUUAUUCCACUUCACGUGUUGACUCUCAUGGUCACCGGUCGAUUCUCUCAUAGAAUUUACACUGCUUACAGUAUUCUUUACUGUAUUGGUACUAUUUUAUCAAUGCAGAUUGCGUUUGUUGGAUUCCAGCCUGUCCAAAGUUCUGAACAUAUGCUCGCAUUGGGAGUAUUUGGAUUGUGUCAAAUUCAUGCAUUUGUUGAUUAUCUGCGUAGUAAACUAUCAGAAAGUGAUUUUGACUUAUUAUUCCGUGGUCUUAUCGCUUCAAUGUUAACCAUUUCUUGUGUCAUCGGUGGUAUUUUGACGAUAACAGGAAAAAUAUCACCAUGGACGGGAAGAUUCUACUCACUAUUGGAUCCGUCUUAUGCUAAAAACCACAUUCCCAUAAUAGCAUCAGUAUCGGAGCAUCAGCCAACAUCAUGGAGUUCAUUUUAUUUCGACCUGCAAGUACUCGUAUUUCUGUUCCCAGCCGGUUUAUACGUAUGCUUUUCAAAGUUAACAGACUCAAACAUAUUUCUUAUACUUUACGGUGUAACUAGUCUCUAUUUUGCGGGUGUUAUGGUACGUCUGAUGCUGGUACUAGCGCCUGUAAUGUGUAUCUUAGGUGGAAUAGGCGUAUCAUCGUUACUAUUAACGUACAUGAAGCAGCUCGAAAGUAAUAAAGUAGUAGAGAAAAAGUCACGCAAGUUUGAGAAUAAUUACGUAUUACGAGGAGAGAUCGCAAUGUUGUUCAUUGCGAUUGUAGGGAUGCUAUUUUUCUCAUACACGUUACACUGUACGUGGGUCACUGCUGAAGCCUACAGUUCACCGAGUAUUGUAUUAUCAGCACGAUCUCCAGACGGUGGACGCAUGAUCUUCGACGAUUUCCGGGAAGCUUACUACUGGUUACGUAUGAACACUCCAGAAGACGCUAAAGUUAUGUCAUGGUGGGAUUACGGUUAUCAGAUAACGGCAAUGGCUAAUCGCACGAUUUUAGUUGACAAUAAUACGUGGAAUAAUACCCACAUAUCGCGUGUUGGUCAAGCUAUGGCUAGCUCCGAGGAAAAGGCCUAUCAAAUUAUGCGUGAACUAGAUGUUAAUUAUGUACUGGUCAUUUUUGGCGGACUAACGGGAUACUCGUCUGAUGAUAUUAACAAGUUCCUGUGGAUGGUUCGUAUCGGCGGUAGUACUGAAGAAGGAAAAUCCAUCACUGAGUGGGAUUAUUAUAAUCCUUCUGGUGAAUUUAGAGUUGACAAAGAUGGAUCGCCGACUUUACUCAACUGCUUGAUGUACAAGAUGUGUUAUUAUCGUUUUGGACAAGUUUACACUGAAGGAGGUAAACCAUCCGGGUAUGACAGGGUCAGAAAUAUGGAAAUUGGAAACAAAGACUUUGAGCUAGAAACAUUAGAAGAGGCCUACACAACAGAACACUGGCUAGUGCGCAUUUAUAAAGUUAAAGACUUAAAAAAUAGAGGAUAUUAGAUAUCUCAUUAUAAAGUAUAUUUUUUUUAUUUCUCCAAUUACUUCAGGCUUACUGUCACAGUGAUCAUACAUUCUUUACACAGUUUCACAUUUAAAUAUUAAUUAUAAAAAAAAAAAAAAUAUAAAUGUGUUUCCACUAAUAUAAUUUUUUAUUAUAUUUUAUGAUAUUUAAGGCCUCAGGAAUUUUUUAUCAUUCGUACAGAUUUAUUGUAUUAAAUACGUGCUAUGUAUUUUCUGUAAUACUAAAUAUAUACAUGUGAAUUUUUAUAACGUUAAACGAUGAUUAAAAAUAAGUCAUGGUGAAUACAGAUAAAAAUCCACAAAUAUAAGUCUUUUGUUAUCUGUA